CCUGUGGGUCCCGCGUUAAACUUGCAGGUGCCCAUGGCGUCCGACCGGCUGCUCAAGGUCAAGUACCAAUGGGGCAGCGGCUGCGAUGGCUUCCCCAACAAGCGUAGCUGCACGGAGCCCGAGGCCGAGCCCGAGCCCGCGGCUGCAGCCGCCGCUUCCUCCUCCUCCUCUUGCUCCUCCUCUUCCAGGGCUUCCCCGGCCUCUGUGGAUGCCAAACCUCCCCCUCCUCCCGGCUCCAGCCGGCCAGGCAAGGGCAAGCCUACCUAUGGGAGAGGGCCCCGCAGGCCUCCGGACGCGGAGGCCCAUGGCAAGGAAGAGGUGACCCCCAUACCACCUGGCUGGAAGUGUUCCGGCCCUCCUCGCCAACCCCACUGUUCUGAUUCCUCAGGUGCGGGUGGGGCUAGCAGCCGCACCCUGCUAAUCAAGAGGACAGGAGGCCUUAUCUCUCCCAUAGAAAGCCCUUCCCUAUCUGGCAGCCCCUCCGCCAAAGAAAUGUGCACCUUACGGGAUGAAGCCUCCCACCGGAAGGUUGAUCCCAAGGAUGACUCCUACAGCUCUGAGUUUCUAGCUGAUGCCGAGAGUCAGAGUAGUUCUGUGGAGGAAGCAGGGGUGACCCAGAAGACGAAGAGGAAAGUCAAGGACCAGGGGUCCACGGUGAUCUACCUGAAGGCCCUCCAGGGCAUCCUGGGGAAAUCCAUACCAAGAAAGAAAAAGAAAGAGACUGCGAAGCCAGAGCAAAACCAAGAUUCUAGCCCUAGAAGCAGAGCAGAGCCCGACAAGAAGAGUGUCAUGGUUUCCUUUCCAGUUAAGGAAAAGCAUCAGCACCUGCCGGACAGCAGCCAGGAGGAAGAUGAAGUAGACAGAGGAAAUGUCACUAGCGUAACAACGGUUAGGGACUCUCAAGGCAAUUCAAGUGAAAAUCCACCUGGUCACCCAAGGACUGUCGUGGAAAAAAGCACAGAGCCCCACUCAGAAGGCCAGAGGCCUAAAGAGAGGGAGGUGGUGAUAGAAAAUCCUUCUUCAGAAAGUGACUGGUCAGAUAUGGAAGAUAUUUCCACCGUCGGGUUCUCCCAAGAGGAUUCUGUUUCUUUGAACAUCUCUGUAGUUUCAGAGCCUUCAUCCUCCACCACUGAUUUUGUCAUGUACCCAGCUCACUUGUAUGGCAGCCCUUGGCGUGACUAUGCCAACCACUGGGUCGGCAGUUCCAAGCCUUUCUGUUAUCCCUCCACCAACAGCAUUGGUGAUGCUUCGAACAUGGUGGGAAGUAAUAAGAGCCAACUCAGUGAUGGCUCUGCUGAGGGUGCUAACAGCAAGCCCAGCAAUACCUCCAAGUACUCGGAAGUGGCGGAAGGCAAGACCCUCAAGUCUUCUUCACUUCAUUCUUCUCAGAUAUGGGAAGAGGAAAAGGUGAGGCAGAAAAGAACAUUCCGUGAAGAGGCGCCUCGUUUUUCUCGAGAGCGUACAAAUUCAUCAUACCGGGGAAGUAGGGGAAGCCACGGUUCAGUGGGCUUCAUUGACACCCACUGUCACUUAGACAUGCUUUAUUCCAAGUUGUCCUUCCAAGGCACUUUUUCAAAGUUUAGAAGGAUUUAUAGCAGCUCCUUCCCAAAGGAAUUCCAGGGUUGCAUCGCUGACUUCUGUGACCCUAGUACCCUGACAGAUUACCUAUGGGAGGAUCUAUUGAAAGAGGACCUUGUCUGGGGGGCAUUUGGUUGUCACCCUCAUUUUUCCCGAUACUACAAUGAACGUCAAGAAAGAAACCUCCUUCAGGCUUUGAGGCAUCCCAAGGCUGUUGCAUUUGGAGAAAUGGGACUGGAUUAUUCUUAUAAAUGUACUUCCCCUGUCUCAGAUCAGCGAAAGGUAUUUGAAAGGCAAUUGCAGCUGGCUGUAGCUUUGAAGAAGCCCUUGGUAAUACAUUGCCGAGAAGCAGAUGAAGAUUUACUCUCAAUCAUGAAGAAAUUUGUGCCUACUGACUAUAAAAUUCAUAGGCACUGCUUCACUGGUAGCUAUUCCGUCAUCGAGCCCCUGUUGAAGCACUUUCCCAACCUCUCGGUGGGAUUCACAGCACUUGUGACCUAUUCUUCUGCCUGGGAAGCCAGGGAAGCAUUGAGACAGAUACCCUUAGAGAGGAUCAUCGUGGAAACGGACGCUCCCUACUUCCUCCCUCGUCAGGUCCCCAAGAGCCUUUGCCAGUAUGCCCACCCAGGUCUGGCCCUCCACACAGUUCGAGAGAUUGCUAAGGUCAAAGGUGAGCCACUCUCCCAGACCUUGGCCACCUUGCGACAGAAUACCAGCCGCCUUUACAGCCUUUAAGGGAAGGCAGAGGACGUUAGGGUUUUCAUAAAUCUACAACAAACUGUAUUUUCUUAAAUUUUUGACUGCAUUUUUUUCCAGUACAGAGAAUGUAAACAUAGGAUUACCCUUUAAGUCAGAUUUGCCUUGAGGUGAACUUUUUGGUGGUUUACAACCUUCUUCCUCUUUCCCUCACACCUUUCCUGGAGAUCCAACCAUAGGGCACAUACAUGUCCCGCGGCCUGAGGCCAGCAUAGAGGGUGCUUGGACUGUGAAGGGGACAUCUGGAGAACCUGACGUGGUAUUGUAAAGGAGGGAAGGAAGUUUUCUUAGAAGUCUCUUCACAGGCCCUUUGCUCCUGGGUGGAUGAGAAACUCAUUCAGAGGAUAAACAGGAAGCUAGUGUGCUAGCUGGAACGUGCCUGAGGGGAAGGGAAAGUUGGGGUACCUGAGGGUGCAGAGAAGGUUGCUGAACUGAAUCUCCACAAACUGUAGUCUGUGGUUAAACAGCAUAAAGUUUUUCAAUAAAGUCAUCUUCCUAAGCAGGCAUAUAUGGGUAAUGUCACUAAUUUUCUCUUUAAAACACACCUUAAUAGGAACAUCCUUCUGUAGGAAAUUAACUAUAAACUACUGUUUAGAGAUUUGUGUCCUCAUACAAUUAUAUUGACAUGCCAUUGAGAUUGUCCUCAGAGAGGAUGCCACUUUUUGGCCUCAUUUGUGUUUGAGUUGCUAUGUUUGGCUCUUCUUCUCUUUGGCUCAAUUACUAAGCAACAGAAUGGUACACAGAUGGCCAGCAGUGAUUAUUUUGACUGGUAGAUACCUGGAGGACACCCCACAGAGGGUUUGCAUGGGAGGAGGGUAUUCCCUGACCCACAAGAAAACCCAAGGGCGAGUUUUGGGUAAAUUUUAAAAUGGUUGAGUUCAGUUCUCCACAGUGCCUGUCUAUUGGUAUCACUUUGGAUUGCCCUGGCCUCCAAUUCCCCCCUUUUUCUUGGACCAUUGGACUACUACUGAGGACCAAGUACAGCUUCCACAGUUGUCUGUGACAACUGCAUUUUGUUCUCAAGUUGAGUGGUGAAUAACUUCUCCAGGUGUUUGUUUCUUUUCAGUGUUUUUCCCAUGUGAAACAAAACAGACCAGCUGUCUUUUAAGCAUGGAAGAUAUACUGAAGCCCGCUGUGUUUCCCUAAAUCUUUUCCUUGUGUCAACAUCUUUUCCAUCUCUGUGUUAGACUGUGAGCCUAUCGGGCCAGUGAUGGUGUAAUUCUGUGUUCUGUAUUGUGUCUGGCCCCAUCGUUUGGUGUUUUUUUAGGGCGUACUCAUAAUUGGCUCCCUGAAGUCAAUAUGACGGAGGGUUGUGUCUUGUCCUCUCUAAAUUUAGAAGGAUCUUUGAUCUAGACCCUUCUUCACCAAACAGAUGGGCUGGCCUGAGUGCUCUGUUUCUUAAAAGAAAGUUCAUCUUAGUUGCAAAUAUCUAGAUUUCACUUUGUUUCUGAGGUCUAAGAAGAUGAGUGUUUUUGUGAGCUAAAAAUGUUGUUGGUUUUUUUUUUUUAAAAUUCUCAUAUCUGCUGUUUCCUCAUCCUGUGCAUGUGAUGUUGCAGUCUGGUGCAUUCACCACUGUUAGGAGACCUAGGUCGUAUUGCCAGGUCUGGCAGCUCACUGUACCAUUCAUUAACUGCUCUGUGCCUCAUUUUUUCCCAUGUGGGAAAUUGGAGGCAAUCCUGAUCCUCCUGCACAGGAUUUGGGAGCUAGCUAACUCUGUUUUAAAGUGCUUUUAUUGUCACCCAUGUGAACUGCGAAUACUAAGUACUAAUCUCUACCAGAUGUGAACUCAGUUUCACUUUCUACUUAGCACUAUAAAUGAAUUGCUGCCUAGACCUGAAAUGAAAUGAAAAAAUCCUGGUUGAGAGGAUUAAAACAAUGAAAUGAGUGGAAGUUGGCAAUCCCAUGCAUGACCUCCUUCGGGAAAAGGUGCUAUGUAGACUUCAGGAUUAUUGUUUUACAAAUCCUGUUCAGUGUCAAUCGGUUAUUUGAGGUUGACGAUAAUUGGCAGUAUUUUCAACCCUGCUUUUGGAAAGGCCUGUCUCUCAGCUGUGCCACCAGAAGGUCCACCAAGUUUCCUGGUUCACUCUUUGGGAAAAUAAAGUGAUUCUUAAGCUAU